ACUAACAGUAGCAGACUCGCGAGUGACGUCUAGUUUUGAGCUUAAUAGUCUGUCGUUGACGUUCUUGACUUCUUGAAAUGCUAAAUUAUUGAUCCGGAAUGCUUCCUCCAAUCUUUUGUUUCAAGGUCCAAGGAUCAACAAAAGAAGUCUAGAAUAAGGCGGGAUGGCAUCUUUCCCAUCCCCUCCACCGCCUCCUCCUCCUCCUCCUUCUUCAAGUGUUGUUCCGCCACCUGUAAACCAUUUAGAUGAUAAGCAGAUGCAUAGAGACUUUGAGAGUUCUGCUGACGAGGUCAAACAGACUGUUGAGAGGCUGCCUUCAUGGAGACUGCAGUCAACAGAUGAAGCAAGGACUCGGUGGCUAGCUUGUAAUCAACAGAUCAAGCAUGUGGGUCAGCAAGGUACAACCUGUGGCCUAGUAGCAUUAUGUAUGGCUGCCAACAUGCUGAAUUCAGCAGAGAAAAGUCUGAAUGUAGUCUUGAGUUCAGCCAUAGAAAAAGGAUACACACUCCAGGGGGAAAUGUUUUCAGCAUCAAAUACCUUGAAGUUUGCAGAGGAAGAAUUUAACAUGACAGGAAGACUGCUCUCUGAUGGUCUUCAGAUUCAUAGAAAGGAUGUGAUAAGUCAUCUAGCAAGAGGAUUACCAGUAUUAGUACCAUAUGAUAAAGACUCAAACAAUGAACCGGCCACAAGGAAGGGACAUUUUGCACAUUGGGCAGUCCUCACAGGUUUUGUGAUAAUACUGCCUGACGAUGUUGAUGUUCCACCUUGUUGUCAUGGUGACAGCACCUCAUCUAACCUCACCUACCUACCUCCUCCUUGGUCAGAUGACAUGAUCUCCAUCCUCCCGCAUCUCAUCAGCAAAGCAUCGUUGGUCUUCCUGUUUGCUAGGCAGGGUAAGAGUCGUCUUCUUGGGGCGUGGCAGUACGACGUCCUAGCGAGAAGCAAUAUGAACUUGACAGAGUAUGACCCCGCCCUUGAGGGAGAGUUUGUCUUUCAUCAAGAAGGAUUGGCAGCUGGUUUAGCAGAGAAAGUCAUCCUGUUGAACAGGAGAGAUGACAAGCCUUUGGAUGCCUUAUAACGAUGAUGUAUCAUGGGGGAGGGGGGGGGGGGCAGAAAAACACCUGAACAUGUUUUGUGAUUUAGUAAUUUUUCAGAAUAUCUGUACCAUAUAAAAUUGAAAUAACAUGCAAACUCAGUCCAACUCAAUUAUUUCUUUGAGAUGGUGAAGGAAACACCCUCAUAGAAAAUUUUAGCGAGGUUUCUAUGUUUGACAAAAUUAAUUUGCAUAAAAUUUGCCAUUUAUUGUAAAUGUUCAAAAUGUAUUUAUAUACAAUUUAAUCACAGCUGAAUAGUAUGUGUUUUCAUUAGUAAUCCUUUUGAUUCAGUAAGGAGAGUCAUUUUGCCAUGAAAUUCUUGGCAAUUAUAUUUGUUCGGGGCAAAUAUUCUUGUUUCCCAUAGACCAAAAUAAAGGAUUCACUUGGUAAUGUUUUAAACCAUUAAAGAUAGAUAAUUUAAUUAAAGCUUUACAAUGAUGAUCUGAAAGUAAGCCUAUUGGCAACUGGCUGCAACAGCAGACUUGUAAAUUGCCUAUCUUAUAUGCAACAUUGUCUUCCAGAGAUAUUUGCCUGAAAUUUGACAUUUCAAAGUCAGUAGUUAGAAUUUGCAGUAUUUUUCUGCUAUCGUUAAUGUGGGAUUGCAGUGAUGCCUUGUGAUGUGUUAUAACUUGAUUGUCUGUAGGCUGAUUUUUGGUGCAAUAUGUUUACUGCAGUGGCUAAUGUGCUUUGGGAAUUUUAAUUGUUGGUAGCUACGAUUGCGAACAAUUAUGCCACCACUUUUUACAAAUCAGAACAUUAAUGUAAAUCAAUGGAGUUUGAUAAGUUACAAUGCCAAUAUCAAGAUAUGCUAUAUAUGAUUUGAUCAAAGAUGAUCACGAGUUCUUGUAGUAAAUGUAUUGGAGUUCCGCUUCGAGUCAAACUGGCACAAAAGUUCGGUUGUUUAGACCUACCAACUAACCAGAAUUUUGCUGCAUGGAAAUAAUAUUUGAUCAAAAAGCACAACUCACAUUUACACAGAGCAGAUUGUGUUACUGUGUCAGGGUAGCUCAUUGCUAUGCUCAUUACUUGGGUAUAACAUAGUUUCUACCUUAAUCUCUAUGGCAGACAUCAUCUAUUUGCAGUUGUGGGCACUCAGUGUAAGCUUUGAUUCCAUGAGAAAAAUAUCUUCUGUCUAAUAAAUCCAUUCAGUUGUCCACUAAUGAAACAGACCUACUUUCUUCAGAGAUAUUUUGCACAUCAUUUGCACAAAAUUAUUUUUAAUUGCAGUUUGCAUGUGGAUCAGUUUUGCCUCAAAAAUUAAUCAACACAUGCCUAUAAUAAAUGUCAUACAUGUCAGUACUAUGUUGAACAGUAUGGAAUGUUUCAAGAAAAUGCCUUUUGUAGAAUAAAUUAUAUGAAUGACGACAUUAAUAAAGUUUUAAGUGUUCAUUUAA